AUGAGAGAAGUGAUUGCCGAGGAAGUAGGAAAGGCAAUCGAAAAUAGCUUAUCCGGUUUUAUUGAUAAGAUUCAAAAUAUGGUGUUAUCGGUUGUUGAUGAGAGAAUCAAGAAAUUGGAAGAUCAUGCUAAUGUAGCUAAGGAAAAAUCUGGAGAGCGCAAGGGCUGCUCGUACAAAGAAUUUAUGGCAUGUAAACCGCCACUCUAUCACGGAGAGGUGGAUCCGAUAGUGUGCCAAAGAUGGUUGAGUGAUAUUGAAGGGGUGUUCGAGAGAACCCACUGUGACACAAAUGACUUCAUAGCUUAUGGCACGGGUCAGCUGAGAGGUCAAGCAAAAGACUGUCCCAAAACGGUUAUCAAUCGAAUCAAAGAGGAAUUUAUUCAGCUUAGGCAGAAAGGCGAAUCUAUUGAUAAGAUCACGGGGAUCUUUCUCGACAAACUUAGGUUUUGUGAUGAAUUGGUGACAUCCGAAGAACAGAAUGUGGAGAUAGAGCUAAAGAAACAGAUUGAAAGGGGUGAAAGAAGGGCGCAAGUGGUUAAUCCAAGCCCUAUAAAAAAGGCACGUACGACUGAGUCGUCAAAGAAGCAAGAAGGAAAAAGCAGUUCGCCCAGUUGUAAAGUAUGCGGGAAAGGGCACAAGGGUGAGUGCCGGUUUAAGGACAAGCCGUGUCCUAUUUGUGGGAAAACAGGGCACACGGCUGCGUUGUGCCCAGGGAAAGUGUCGGUAUGUUACAAAUGUUAUCAGCCGGGCCACAAGAAGUCUGAGUGCCUGGAGUUGAUCGGAAAGAAAGAUGACAAGGAUACACAUACUGAGACACCAAAAGCAAAAGCUAGAUCCUUCUAG